GGAGUUAUGAUCCAUGAGCUCUGCGAUCGGCUGGUUUUCCUUGGCCGUGCUGAUCUCUCUCACAUAUCCUCGCCCGAUAAUCGACUUAUUCGACCUGUACAGACGUCACGUGGAGCUGCCUGUGCGCUGUGAUUGGUGGUUGGUUGCUGAGCGCAGGGGACCCCGGGAAGAUGGAGGACGGUGUGGGCAGACUGGAGGAAGAAGCGCGGAAGAGAAAGGAGAGACUCCGAGAGCUGAGGAAGAAGCGGACACGAGAGGAUGGUGCUGCUGAUGUUAAAGCUCCUGGAGAAGAGGAGACGAAACACAAGGAGCUGCGGCUGCGGAAUUACACUCCCCAGGACGAGGGGCUCAAAGAAUGGCAGGUGCCUCAGGCCAAGCCGAUUUCAGUGGAAGAAAAGGUCAAGGACCAGCUUGAAGCUGCCAAGCCGGAGCCUAUUAUAGAGGAAGUGGAUCUGACAAACCUCGCUCCCAGGAAACCAGACUGGGACCUGAAGAGAGAUGUCGCCAAGAAGUUGGAAAAGCUGGAGAAGCGGACACAGCGAGCGAUUGCGGAGCUAAUCCGGGAGCGAUUGAGGGGACAGGAGGAGAACUUGGCGUCUGCAGUUUCUACGGCAAAGCAAGAAAACGAAGAUUCUGACUGAUUCCCUGUUUGGUGCGGACCUGACUGCGUAACGCGUGGCUCCUCCGCCAUAUGCACCUGUAGCGCGGGGGGCGGGUCUGAGGCAAGCGUGUGAUUACCAGAGAUGUUAUUGACUUGGGAAGACAAUGCCAUGGCCUUAGAACACAGAGUGUGGUAAUUACAGCGCUGUUUUUGGGGUGAUAAGGCUACCAACGCAGAGUGUCCACUUAUCAGCGCAAUGUCGCCAUCUGCCCGCCAAAAAUAAUGUAUAUAACAGCAAUAUUUUUACUCCAUAACAUUGUCAUGGUUCUAUAUAAGACUGCAGAAGCGGUGUCUCAUGGGAUGGAUCCAGUUACGGUCACAUAGGGAGUAAAUGUAUAUAGGGUCUGAGAUCUUCUAAUUUAAUCUUCUGUUUUCAUAUAUUUUUUAAUAAACUGCAUAAAAUAGA